AUGGAACCCCAGCCCAUCCAAGCGUUCGGCGCCUCUCUGCAGGGAGCUGACCAAAUGAAGGAGAGUGAGGACAAAACCGUCGAAAUCAAAGACUUUGAUGCAAAUAUUGUCGAGGCUAUGCUUCGUUUUGUUUACUUUUUCGACUACGACGUCCAUCCCAAUUCACGCCCUACGAUCUUCCACGCUCAUGUAUACCAGAUUGGCGACAAAUACGGCAUCGGAACACUCAAAAAGCAAGCUAUAAACAAGUUCGAGCGUGUCGUUAAUGAAGCCGAAGUUGACGCUGGGUUCGCGCGUAAUUUGGCCGACACGAUCUCCAUUGUGUAUAACACCACGCCAUCAGGAGACCGAGGCCUCAGAGACAUCGUUGUGAAGAGCUCGUGGACACACUUUGAGUACCUCAUAUCAGAGACGUCAUUCAAGGAGGUCCUGGGGAUGAAUGGGGAUUUCUCAGCCGAUCUUAUCAGCCUGAUAAGAGAGAAUUGGGAAAAGUAUUGCUAUUGCAAAUGUCUAUUGUGCAAGGCUACUUUCAAAUUGAGGAUACAUUCGCCUGGUGAUCAAAUCCUGGACUAUCAAGAACCAACGCCAAUCUUCUGUCCCGUCUGCGGUUGUCAACCGAUACCGCCGGAUGAGAAACCCAAUUGGCUUUACUAUUUCAAAGGAGAUGGUGAUCUUGAUCAAGGGGACGGAAGAGAUACGCAGCGGAUGUGGGAUAAGUUCGAAGAAUCAGUAACGAGUCGUUGGAACGCAUAA